AUGAUAAGUACAAAACAAGAUCGUACCGAAUACCCUCAAGUGGAAGCUAUUGCAACAAGCAAUUCUACUAUCGAAGAUACUGGAAGUGCACAACACCCAUUGAAAUCGACAGCAUCUCACUCCUCAGCCACUUCUGCAGAUUCAGGAUCUGAUGUAACAUAUAGGGUAGGUGUAGCUGAAAAUACCAAUUUAAAAUUCCGUCGAUCGAUGGAAGAUGUACAUACAUACGUUAAAAACUUUGCAUCGCGAUUGGAUUGGGGAUAUUUUGCUAUUUUUGAUGGCCAUGCUGGUAUCCAAGCUUCUGAAUGGUGUGGGUCUCACCUACAUACAAUGAUUGAAAAGGAAAUAUUAGAGGAUGAAACUAAGGACAUUAGAGAAAUUUUAAAUGAUUCAUUUGUACAAAUAGAUAAACAAAUUAAUGCGAAAUUAGAAGGGAAUAGUGGCUGUACGGCAGCAGUAUGUGUAUUACGUUGGGAAUUGCCUGAUGAAAAUGAAUUAGAGAAUAAAGUGAUGUCAUUAGACCAACACAAGCGGAAGUUAUACACAGCCAACGUUGGUGAUUCACGAAUAGUGCUCUUCAGAAAUGGGAAUAGUAUAAGGUUGACAUACGAUCAUAAAGCUUCAGAUAUUUUAGAGAUGCAAAGAGUAGAAACAGCUGGUGGGUUAAUUAUGAAGAGUAGGGUAAAUGGUAUGUUAGCUGUGACACGGUCUUUAGGUGAUAAAUUCUUUGAUACUUUAGUGAUAGGCAAUCCAUUUACAACAAGUGUUGAAAUUACCACGGAAGAUAAAUUCCUUAUUAUUGCAUGUGAUGGUCUUUGGGACGUGAUAGAUGAUCAGGAGGCUUGUGAGUUAAUACAGGAUAUAGACGACCCUGACGAAGCUGCAAGUAUUUUGGUUAAAUAUGCGCUAAACAAUGGGACUACAGACAAUAUAACUGUGAUGGUGGUUUUAUUAUCAUAA